AUGUCUGAAGGAGAAGAAGCGAGCAAAAGGGAUAGAAAACCCACAGAGAAGGGUAUCAAGCACCAAGCUGAUGUCGCAUCGAAGUCAUGGAAAGUCGCUAUUCGACUUUGGUGUAGAAUGGCAAAUAAGCAUCGACAGCUUAUUGUAGAAGACGACAUCAAAGCAGAGGUGAUCAAGGAAUCCCGCAACAACGUACAGGAAGCUAUGGACAAAGCCAUUGUUGUACAACAAGAGCUCGCUGAUUUAGCACCUUCAGCAAGUCUCGAAGAUGAUGGUGAAGACAGGCUUGAUGAGAUGGAAGAGGAGCAUUCAUCCCUCAUGAGAGAGACCAUGCGAAUCAUUAUCCAGUUAAAAGGCGGAACUCACGCUUCAAAGUCUGGUUCCGGCUCACCAAAACCAGGAGUUCGAGACUGGGUCAACGAACAAGCACCCGUCUCUCCCAUGGAGCCUGCAGUUCAGAAAGAUGAUGAAGUUAUUCAUCAACCAGCAGAAAAGUCCAGCAACGAAGAUGUUCUCGCCAACAGUUUAAAGGAGCUGCUCUGCUUGAAUAGACUACCUCUUCCGGAGCCCGGACAUUUCUCAGGCAAUCCGCUUGAGUAUACAUCAUGGAAGAGAAGCUACGACGCCUUAAUCGAGCAUCGAGGAAUUCCCAUCGAAGAAAGGUUCUACUUUCUUUUAAAGUAUCUCAGUGGUGAGCCGAAAUCCCUGGUUCAAGGUUAUUCCAUGAUUGGAGAUGCUGCAGGAUACAACGAGGCAAAGAAGGUAUUGGAGCAGAGAUACGGAGAUCCAUUUGUGGUAUCCAAUGCCUAUCGAGAUAAGCUAGACUCCUGGCCAAGAGUGGGUUCGAGAGAUGCAUCUGGUCUGAGGAGACUUGGAGACUUUUUGAAGCAGUGUGACACAGCUUCAAAGUAUGUUCAUCACUUAAGUCAUCUUGAUGAUGAAAGAGAAAACCGGAAGCUACUGAUGAAACUCCCAGAUUGGUUGGUCGUGAAAUGGAGCAGAAAGGUUGUGCAGUGGAGGCGAGAGUGGGGGACAUUCCCACCCUUCUCUAUUUUCACCGAGUUCAUUGAAGAAGAAGCUGUAGUUGCUAAUGACCCUGUAACCUCGCUUCAAUCCCUGCAGACCUCGAAUGAAAGGAAGAAAUCAGCUACUUCCAGCUUUAUGCAGACGGAAACUCAUCAGAAUCAGAGAGAUGGCUCUGCUGAGAGAGGGAUUCUAACAUGCAUCUUCUGCAAAGGUCGACAUCACCUCACUGAAUGUUCUCCCUUCAAUUCAGAGACGAUGCAGAAGAAAAGAAAGGUUGUGAGGGACAAUGGACUCUGUUUCGGCUGCCUUAAGAAGGGACAUAUAUCAAAGAAAUGUAACAAGAGAAAUACAUGCUCUUCUUGCAGAGGGAAACAUCCUACUGUUCUACAUGAUGAUGAGUGGAAGGAAAGACGACAGGAUGCUGCAAGCAGAGAAAGGGGUAAAAAGAGAACCUUGGAAUCAAAAUCCUAUGCAUCAAAUUCUGAUUCCAGUCAUUCUACAAAGUCAUCAAUGAUAGUUCCGGUGUGGCUGUCUCAUGAGUCCUGCCACAAGGAUAGAUUAGUAUAUGCUCUGCUGGACACACAAUCAGACACAUCCUUUAUUCUCACGAAUACUAAAGAGGCGAUGGGAAUCAAAGGAGUAGGGGUAAACCUGCUACUCUCUACCAUGACCAGGGCGAAUGAGAGAAUUGCAAGUGAAAAGGUGACUGGUCUUCGGGUGAAAGCAUUCAACGACCCCAAGAAGAUCAUCAGCCUCCCUCCUACCUUCGCGAGAGACAUCAUGCCAGCAGAUCGAAAUCACAUCCCUACUCCUGACUGUGCCAAGGCUCUUGCUCCACGUGCUGUUAUCCACUCUCCUGAUGAUAGAGGUCCAUACGCAAUCCAGACGGAUCUAGGAUGGAGCAUUGUUGGCACAGUAAAGGCAGGGUAUGCGGACAGUCACAACGAUCCCUUUGGUGUGAGCCAUCGCACAAUAGUACGAGUUGUGCCUGAUGAGGUGCAGCUGAAAGGACAGCGAUCGGAAGUGAUUUUUAUUCAUUCAGCUAACAUGAAGGAAGAGAUAGCCCCUCUUCAUGUUGUUCGACUUCUAGAGGCUGACUUCACUCCAGAUAGGAAACAGAAACCCUAUUCCCAGAAUGACAUGAAGUUCAUUAGGCUAAUGAAGAAGGAGGUCCACAUUACAGAGAGUGGACAUUAUGAGAUGCCGCUGCCGUUUAAGGAGGAGGAGAUGCCUACACUGCCUAACAACAGAUUCGUGGCCGUUAAACGUCUGGACCAUCUCAAGAGGAAGUUUGAAAAUGAUGCUACCUAUUAUGAUCGGUACCUACAGCAAAUGAACAACCUUCUUCACAAGAAGUAUGCAGAGAGGGUAUCUGAACCGGGUGAAUCAGGCAAUCGAUGGUACAUUCCCCACCACGGAGUGCAGCAACCAAAGAAACUCAGAAUGGUGUUCGACUGCAGCUCACAAUUUAAGGGGGAAUGUUUGAACUCUCAUCUUCUGACGGGUCCUGAUUUGACCAAUGCACUAGCUGGAGUACUUUGCAGGUUUAGGAAAGAGAAAGUGGCCUUCAUGUGUGACAUAAAGGAAAUGUCCAUCAGUUUCAUGUCAACAAGGAACAUCGUGACUGCUUACGCUUCCUCUGGUGGCCAAAUGGAGACUACCACCAAGAGCCUGUUGACUAUCGUAUGA